GAGCGCUUCCAAUGAGCGCCGCCGCCCUGGACAGCCUGGACUCGCUGUCGUGCUACCGGAGCUGGUCGCUGGAGCCCGCCAAUUUCUACGAGACGAAGGUGGGAGAAGGCGGCGGCGGGCUGAGUCCGUCGUGCAAGGCGGGCGGCAGCAUGAGCGCCGUGGCCGCGGAGGAGUCCGGCGGCAUGCCUUCGGGGCCGGGCAGCGGCAGCCGUGACCUGGCGGAACUCAGCGCCGCCGCGUCGGCCAUGUACGAGGACGAGAGCGCCAUCGAUUUCAGUUCCUACAUCGACUCCAUGGCGGCCGUGCCCAACCUGGAGCUGUGCAACGACGAGCUCUUCGCUGACCUCUUCAACAACAACCACAAGGGCGGGGGCGCCGCCGCCUACGGGGACUACCUGCCCGCCGCCCCUCAGCCGCAGCACUCGCACCAGGCGCCGUCGGGGAGCAGCGCCUUGGCCAGCCUGUUGCACGCCAGCGUCCCUCCCGGGCCGCUGCGAGGCGCCGUCAAGCAGGAGCCCGAGUGGGGGGACGAGGCGUCGGGGUCGUCCUCGCUGCUGCCCUCGCAGAUCGCCACCUGCGCCCAGACCAUCGUGAACCUGAGCGGGCAGCCCACGCCGCCCACCUCCCCCGAGCCUCCGGGCAGCGCCUCCCCGUCCAGCUACAGCAGCCGCUCCUCCGCCUCGUCGUCGCCGGGCGGCAAGGAGCGGCCGGGCAAGAAGUGCGUAGACAGGUUCAGUCCGGAGUACCGGCAGCGGCGGGAGCGCAACAACAUCGCCGUGCGCAAGAGCCGCGACAAGGCCAAGCGGCGCAACCAGGAGAUGCAGCAGAAGCUGGUGGAGCUGUCCGCCGAGAACGAGCGGCUCCACAAGAAGAUCGAACAGCUGACCCGGGACUUAAGCAGCCUCCGGCACUUCUUCAAGCAGCUGCCCAACGCUUCCUUCCUGCAGGCCUCCUCUGCCACAGACUGCCGGUAACUGGCUGCGCAGGGACUUUGGACUUCUUCCAGAAUACCUCAGAGUCAGAGAGCGCCGCAUAGAGCAGCGGGAGCUGCGCGGACGGGGAGUGGGGCGUGUGUGUGUUCGCGCGUGCAUGUGCGCGCGCCUCGGUGCGUCUAGGGCGAGGAGCCCCGCUGCGCGCCGAAAUUGCGCCCAAGGUGUGUGCAGAGGCGGUGACUCCGGGAAGCCCUGCCUGCUCGCCUCCCAAGGACAGAAAAAGCGAGCAGGGGAGGGUUAGAAAGGCGCGCGGAAUAAGCUGGCCUUUUUUGAACGAGUUAAGCCUGUGUCUUUAAACCACAAAACUUGCCAAAAAUAGUGAAAAAACGAAAAGCUAAAAUGUUGCCUCUUCUUCCUAAAUUAUUUUUGUAAUGAUAGGGGUGGGGGGUUUUUUUCUACAUCUUACUCAUAUUGAUGCAGCUACGGUACUUUGUAAGAAAUGAUUUUCAAACACUUUUUAUUGUAAACAGCGAGAGAAAAAAAAGACUGAGCUUGCUCAAAACUUUUAUAUCAAUUUUUACAUCGUUCCUGAAAAUAAAAAUUUGAAAUUA